AUGGCUCCAACAAGGCCAACCCUCCAUCCAUUGACGACGACAGCUCCCAAGCACUUGACCUUCCCCUCUGAACUUCGUGAGCGGACGUUCACAACAUGUCUCGACCUGGACAGACCUGCCAACGAUGACAAGAAAGAUGAGGACAAUGAGGCUACCAUCACUCCUCCUUCUGCCUACACAGAGUUUCUCAACACUUUCAGUCCUAUCUUUUCCAGUCCCACGACGUCUCGGGCAAACUUCUACAAGUACAUGGCUGAUAAGCCUCGCUCGCCUCCUACUUCUGCGCCUUCCAGCACCACGUCUACCACCUUUCCCAGCAGCCGUCCUUCAAGAAGUGCUAGCAACUCAUUGCACCAAGCUUCCAAUGCUCUUUAUACCUCAAAAGGCCCUGUCCAGCGCAUGCGCCUGCCCCCACCAUACGUCUACACUCCAUCGUCUGAGUCUCCUCGGAGCGGACACCCUCUUCAUUCGCCUUUCUCUCCCUCGGAUUGGCGGACUCGUACCUUUGAGUCCCCUGUCAGCGAGGCAGGAAACUCCUUCACUGUCCGACAAGUCGUGACUACUACAAUCAAGUAUAAGCGGGCUCCCCAGCUGGACCCUCCGCCGCAGGGCAAGCGGAGAAGAAACCUUGACCGUCGCAACACUUAA